CGACAAAAAGGGCCGAAAACAAGAAUUGCGUGCAAUUUAAAUCCGGCCUCCCGCUGAACACCCAGCAGGUGGCUUUAAUUUACACGUAAGCUCAUCAGCUCUUAACAGGAAGUGGCCACAAUAACGCUUUUAAACAAAGGCUCUGCGUCGUAGACAUCAGACUCGUACAUUCUAUGCGGAGACAGGCGCUAAACCAAAACGCUCUACACAACAGCAAGGCUACCACUCUUCUCCUAGACUUUAGCUUGAAAAAUGGAACAAGGCUCAGAUCCCAUGUAUCCAGCGUACAUGAGUAAUUCGGUUAUGAAUGGCUGUUUAUCCUAUACGGCCAUAGUGCUUAACAUUUUAACAAUCAAUGCACUCAGGAAAACUUCAUCUUUGCCAAAGACUCUGAAAACAUUACUGUUAAGUCUUGCUGUGUCUGAUCUUGGAGUUGGAUUAAUGGUACAGCCUCUCUAUACUGCGUUACUGGUUGAAGGUUUGCAACAAAAGCGAACAAAUUGGAUACUGGCCUUGUGCACAUUUUCUGCUGGUUUAUUUGCAAUCUCGUCGUUUCUUGGUGUGACGGCUCUGAGUGUAGACAGAUUUUUAGCUGUUCAUCUUCAUCUCAGAUAUCAGGAACUAGUAACUCACAAGCGUGUUGUGUUCGGGGUAAUAAUAUUGUGGCUGUUUGGUGCAUUGAUUGCUUUGUUAUCUUUCUGGAAUACAAUAGUGUUGUUAAUCCUUCUGACGUGUAUUUCCAGUCUGUGUGUCAUCUUUUGCACAACUGUGUAUUGUAAGAUUUAUUUCACUGUACGGCGCCUUGCAAGCCGACUGCAGCAUCGUCCACAGAGGGGACAAGAAGUACCCCAAGGCAAUAAAAUAGCGGUGAAUGCUGACAAGCUCAGAAAAUUUGCUCUCAGUACAUUUUACGUGUUUCUGGUCUUUUUAAUCUGUUAUUUGCCACAUAACUGCAUGUUGGUGGCGCGUAUCCUGAUCCCUCAACAAAAUACGUCGAUGCGCACAUUUGAUUUAUUUUCUGUAACACUGGUGUACCUUAAUUCGACCUUAAAUCCUGUCGUCUACUCAUGGAAGAUAAGACAUAUUCGUCUCGCUAUUAUGAACUCACUGCGAAAACUUGUUUUUUAUCACAACUGAAUUGAUAGUGAACCUGUAAGGUUUUUGUUUAGAAACGCACGAUCUGCACCCAAUAUUGAAAAAACAAAAAAGAAAAAAAAAACUGAAGGACAAAGUACUUUCUAAAUUAACAUAGAUUUGAUAAUGUGAGGGUGGAAAACUAGAAAAGACUAUCUGAAAGUGAACAAAAAACAGAAGUUUGAUAAAAUAAUAUUUUGAAGAUGAAAGAUGUAGAUAGCAUCUGUCGUUAGGUAACCUUAUAGAAUCAGAACGAUGUACGUUUUCGUUAAAAAGUAAUGUAUUACAUUUGUAACUUGUUUUCCGAGAAAGAUUAAAAAAAAAGCCAUACGUGAUGUAAAAAAUAAAAUAAUGGAGU